UUUAGUUCCUACCCAGCUCUCCGAGAGAGCACAAUUCGGUUUGUGUAUCAUCAAUCAGAAUGGUUUUAUUUUUAAAAAUUGAUUGUUUGGUGAAUUUAUUUUCCGUCUUUCAUACAUAUAAAUGGUGAUAAGUGAUAUUAACAGUGAGAUGUAUGAUACGGAUUUAUUAUUUCGCGAAUUUUCCUGCACUCAUUUGGCUCUUUUCGCACCAUUUACCAUUAAUAUGCUAAUCAUCGUUCUAAAAACGAAAGCUAGAAGUAGAGCUACUCUCGCUAGACACUUAGAAAUUAAAUUAUUAGAAGUAAAACUAUGGAUCAAUGUCUAUGAUAUAACAACAUUCAUAAAAAAGCGCUAUUAUUAAAUUGAUCUAGUAUGCUGCUUUCUAACGUGCGAUUUCUAUGUUAAAAUGUACUAAAUGGAAUAAUGAGCUAUGGAAUCAACUUCUGCUAGCAGAGCAGUAGGAGUGAGACCAAAAACACCGGCGUAUCAACGGUAUACGACAGCGCUACAAAAUGACCCCCGAUGUUCACAAGAGGUGGCCCUCGGUCGGAGAAUUGGCUUGUAUCGCUUUUGUGGCGAUAUUGGACGAGGAAAUUUUUCCAGGGUCAAACUAGCGGUACAUCAACUAACCAAAGAUAAAGUAGCCAUUAAAGUAGUUGAUACUAGUCGCCUAGAUGCUAAAGCUCUGCGUAUGUUGUCUAGAGAAGUCACGAGUCUUGAAGCAGUAUUUCAUCCAUUCAUUCUAAGACUAUUUGAAGUGAUAGAAACUUUAGGCAAGAUUUAUCUCAUUAGCGAAUGGAUUCAAGGCGGAGAACUGUACAGCAGGAUUGCAGACAUUGGUCCACUAGAAGAAUCUCAUGCUUCCAUAUUAUUCUACCAACUUCUCAUGGCUGUUAAACAUCUGCAUAGUCUUGGAUACGUUCAUCGAGACAUAAAAGCUGAAAAUGUUUUGAUGCUGAGUGAAGAGAGAAUCAAACUAGCUGAUUUCGGUUUUAGCACUCAGUUGAUAAAUGGACCUUUACAGCACUUGGAUACAUUUUGUGGAUCUCCACCAUAUGCGGCACCAGAACUGUUCAGUGACGAUCAUUAUAUAGGCGGACCUGUCGACAUAUGGGCAUUGGGCAUUCUGCUAUAUUUUAUGCUGCAGGCCAAAAUGCCUUUUAGGGCAUCGACAGUACCAUUAUUGCGAACUGCCGUGCUCAGAGGUGAUUUUGAGAUAUCGACAACCCUUAGUUUACCAUGUAGCAGAUUGAUCCAACGCAUCUUGGUACACGCACCAACUCGUCGUCCUACCAUCGAGCAGCUGUUGAAGUGCCAGUGGUUCGAAUACGCACAAACAGUCAAACCUGAAACCCACAAAAAACCAGCUCAUCAUGCAAGCCCCAAUACCAGUAGCCAACAUAGUGAAGUUCCUAUUACUCAAAGAAAACGUUUUCGUUUUUUUCCUACUAGAGGCCAACGACGACAAUAUUCACCAAAUCAGUCAUCAAGCUUUAAAAACAUAAACGCUGCCAAUCAGACUAAUGCGGAGGACACAACGAUAAUACGAACAAUUAAAUGCUGUACUAAAAGAGCGAACAGCGUCUUAGAAGAAGACUUCCUGAAUCCCAUCGAAACUGCACGCCCGAGCAUUGGAAUCGAUGUGGUUAACAACAAUAGUAACAGUAACUUCCGCGAACACGUGGAAAACGCCUUAUCAAAAGGUCGAAAAUUUUCUUUUAGUAGACUGGUUAAGAAGCGGAUAGGUCCGCUAGAACUUUCAAGCUCACAACAGAGCACGGAUGGUAAUUCCAACUACAAUGGAAGCGAUUACAGAGAACGUUUGCAGAAACUUGUGGAAGAUGAACAUGGAAUAUUUGUGAUGUUUCCAACGGCAUCAGAAAACAAUAAUAUGCAUUCCCACGAGAAAGAAACGCGUCGGUUGAUGGCAAACCUUGGUAUCGAUAGUGAUAUGAUAGAAAAAUCCAUUCAAAAUGGACCACGUAGUGACAUUGUCGGAAUAUAUAGAAUAGUAGUACACAGAAUGCAGAAAGAGCAUUCGAUCGUCAAUCUGACGGGGAACGCAUUCAGUUCUGAAAUCAAGUCGAAUAUCAACCAAAGUAAAUGUGAUGAAAAAUCGUACAGCGAUAAAAACACCAGCACAAGUUUUGCAAAAAAUAUAACUUGUGUCAUAUUGUAAGAAUCUGUUAUUUUUUUGUUUUUUAAUAAUUGUAUGGUUUGAAAUAAAAUAUUGCUAUAAGUUAAA